UAUACAUACAAAGUAAUGAAUAUAACAUGUAUGGCAAGACAGCAAAUAUGUAAAUACAAGUUUAAAUAGAUAUCAGUUAUAACACAGCUUUGGGAAAGACAAGUUGGAUAACCUAAACAUGUGUAUUAGCUAUUUGAUGUGUUGCGUAAUAAAAACUGUAAACCUUUUCCAAUAAUGUUAGACAGAUUUUCACGGACGUUUGAAAUAGCAAAAUGUUAUGAUAUGACGAAUAUAAAAAGUUAAAUCUAGAGGAGCUAGUUUUUAACCUAUUUCAGCAACUAAGAGAAAAGCAUACGGAAUGUUAAAACCAUGAUACUAUUACAGCUGGCAAGUAUUAUCUGAAUUGCGACCAACUGCGGUUUUACAUGGAAUAUGACAAUUUUCGUUGUAGUACAGUGAGAAAGAAAACAAAAAAAGAAAAACAGCAACACAAAAAAACAAACGCAAUGCAGUAGACUGAUUACCCGUAAGAUGCAAAUCUUAAAUCUUGAAAUUUGCAACAGAUUACAAACAUGGGAAAUAAACCAGGACAGUGACGUUUUGUGGAUAAGAGAGAGAAAUGCGUAACAUAAAGAGAUAAAUGAUGUAAACAGAAUUCGGAAAUGAUGAGCACUAGAAACAAAUACAACAGGCGACACAUAAAGGAAGAAAUAAGUACCCAGAGGCCGAAGUUCGAACAGGAUGCUCAGAUGAACCAUAACAAUCAGCUACAGAAAAUAUAUACAAUGAAACGACCAACACUGGAAGUCGAUCGAGACGAGAAUCACCAAAACGUACCAGAUAAGCACCAAGUAUAUAAAAUAAACUACAGAAAGAAAUGAUACAGAAACACAAGCAUGGAUUUCAUUUGUUAUUUAAUCUUAUUGAUUUAUGCAGGCAAUUCAUAUUCGAAGAGGCGUUUAAAUGAUAACAUACUAAUGUACUGAAAUAAAAUGUUGAGAAUGUCUUUUUAUUCUAAACAGUUCUAUUUUUACAAAGAUACAAUUCUUCUUUCAUUUACGGUGUGCAAUGGAAACAAUUGCUAUAUGGUUAAUUUAAUGACUGAACUGUAUAGGUUUAGUAUUUAUGUAUAUCAGUAUAUGUGUAUAUGGUCAUGGUAAACUUAAUACAGGUUUUAACAGAUAUGAAUGAGCAUUUAUCAUGAUGUUGUGAGUACACACUUGCCUACAUGCGAGUGAGAUUAUAACACAGGCAUGAGAUUCUACAUCAUAUGAUAUGGCCAAUUUUAACGAGAGAUACAAAGCAGCUAUGGUUUUGGGUGCAGUUGGUGAUUCUUUAGGAUAUCGCAAUGGGCAAUGGUUGGAAUGUACCAGUGGAAGACAAAUAUACACAGAACUAACGGAGCUGAAUUUAGAUGAAAUAAAUGUCAAACCACCAGAGUGGACAACAAGUGCAUGUACAAUAAUGCACAUUUCUACGGCAUAUUCGCUUGCCAGAAAGGAGAACAAAAUACCAAAUAAAGAGUUAUUUAGAUAUAUAGCUAGAUGGUACAAGAUGCGUUUUGAGGACAUUGACGGAAGGCAUCCUGAUGAAACAUGCUUAAAUUCGUGUAAGAUUUUACAAACAGUCGAUGCUGUAGAUGGGUAUAUCGUUCCAUUUGAUUGUAAAGGCUUCAGCAAUGCAGCUGCUGUAAGAACUAUGUGUAUAGGCCUCAUGCACCACAAUCCUGAUGACUUUAACCAACUUUUAGCUAAAAGCAUAGAGUGUGGUCGGAUGACACAUCAUCAUCCUACAGGAUACCUUGGAGCACUAGCCACUGCAUUAUUCACGUCGUUUGCGAUACAACGUAAACCCAUUGAACAAUGGGGACGUGCCUUGCUCGACACACUUCCCAUUGCUUUAGAGUAUAUUCGGAAAACAGGGAUUGCUGUGAAAGAAAAUGCAGCUUCGUUUGGAGAUUUUACACAAGUAUGGGAAAAUCAUCUGAAAAAGCGAAAUAUUGCAAGUGGUACUUCCCAAGCAAACUUUUAUGACCGAUUUGAUUUUGAGAAAAAUGAUGAGUACUAUAGGUCAAUUUCAUUAGACGGAAUUCCAGGAAGCAGUGGUUUUGACGCACCGUUAAUUGCCUACGAUGCAAUUCUUUUCUGCAAUAGGAAUUGGUUGAAUUUGUGUGUCGGCGCAAUUUGCAACGGUGGAUACAGCAAUGUUACUGGGUGUAUCGCAGGGUGUUGGUAUGGUGCCUUGUACGGAUAUCAGGGUGUCAAUGAACGCAAUUACUCGAAAGUAGAGUUUAAGACAAAGUCACAAGCCGCAGGAGAUACUAUUCAAAGACUUUCCUAUCCUCAUUACGACACUUACAUUCAUAUCUUAGAAGGAGGGAAAAUGGUCGAAGAAACAACCAUAAUAUAUGAACGGGUACAGAAAAGAGCGAAUGACAACGCUUCCAUAGAAGUCAUUAUUUCCAAAGAUGAAGAAAUUGAUAUCACGGAAGCAAUACAGAAAAAGGUCAGCGCCCUCCGGUCAAACGUAACGUCAGAAGAAGGAGUAAAGAUAGGAAAUGCAAUCUUCGUUCACGUCAAACGUUUUAUAGAUGAAGUAGGAAAACUGUUUCCUGAAUUUCGAGCAUCUGAAAUAAUAAAGGUUGGCAGUUUCUAUGAAGGCACGAAAAUUAAAUGCGCAGAUGAGUUUGACUUCAUAAUUGUGUUAGCCGACUUCUCAAAGCCUGGUUCAAUUGUGAUAAAACGAGAAAGACCAUCGAUUGAAAGUAUAAGUAUUCAACAUGAAAUGUUUGGUGACUGUUCAAUAUUAACAGAGACGUCUACACACCAAACACCAGCGAGGAGAUUAAUUCGGAGAUUUGCUUCCGUUUUAUACCAAGUCGUAAUGAACAAAGGACAGAUGACUAAAAAACAAGCAGGGUUUAUUACAAUGGAUGAAGAUGAAAUGGUCGAACUACCUACGGUAGAUGGAUUGCAAAUGAAAGUUAGAAUGUACCGGACACAAUCUCCAAACAUAAUGUUACAAUUUGUAUAUCAAAACAUGCAGAUCUUUGUAGAUUUAACACUUGCAUUAGAAUAUUUUGAUAUCAAAGAAUGUCUGAACAUGGAAUCCAUCCCUGUGCAUGAGUUAAUAAGCAUAAUACAGGCAAAGAAGUCAGUUUUAUUUGUUGUAUAUGACGAAAUAUUCAGACCUACUUUAACCCACGUUGAGGUCGAAUAUAUAAGAAACAAUAUGCUUCAGAAGCACAAAACCAUAUACAUGUUUAUGAAGUAUAUCAAUGGAAUGUAUGCUGGAAAUAACUUCUUGGAACAAGCAGGAUAUCAGCCUUUCUCCUCUUACAUGUUAAAAACCAUCUGUUUACACCACGAGCAUACUUGUACGACAGCAGACCAUAAAAGCUACGACUCCUGUUUAAGUGCCAUUCUGUACAUAAUGAAAGAAAGUAUAGAAAAUGGAUACCUUGUCCCUGCCGAAUGUGUAAAUGAAAUAUGCGUUGGCUAUCUGCCUAGUGUUUUUGACAUAAAAAGAAAUUUGUAUGAUCAACCAGGAAAAACCGUUGAUAUUUUGGUGGAGCUAAGGAAAUGUGUGGUAUGUGAUUUGAAAAGUGUUUUUGAACAUGGGCGAAAAUGGCAAAAUCUUGAGGAAACCGAUAAAGAAAUUAAGCUACACAUUGAAAAGUCAGUUGAGUCUGUUUGUACAAAGACGUGGUCUGAUUCUAAAUAUUUGUUGCCAGUGUAUAGGAAACCCCCGGCGUAAGUGGCCGAUAUCGGUAUUUGUUACUGCAUACCCCGCACUGCUACUGACUGGUCUGAGAGAUGUUAACAUUUGGAACUGCAAAUUCUGGCCGUUUCUGGGUUCAAGAUUGAAAUGUCGUUGAUGGCAGAAAUACAUUUUCCAUUUAUAGAGAUAUAGUCAACUUCUGGUUUUAAUAGCGUUUAUUUAACUUCGUUUACAUUGCGUAAGAUUCAUUGACUUUAAAAACGUCGUCUUUCACAUACUCGUUGUUUGGUGUGUGCGUUUACCAUGCUCAUAUCCGAUGUUUGCAAUACUGGAUAUAAGAAUGGCCGUGUAAAUGUUUUGCUUAUUUGUGUUUUUAUGUGCAGUAACACUGAAAUCUUGCUUGUCAGAUAUGUAAAAAUUGUUUAACUACAAAUAGUAAAUAAAAAGUAUUAUUUUCUAA